GACACUUUGAGGUAAUGCAGUGAUGCUCCAGAGAAGGGAAAUGGGAGAAGAUGCUCUAGGGGGAUUCAGGGAUGCUCUGAGGUAAUGCAAGGAUGCUACCAGGUUGAGAGGGGAAUGUGUGGAUUCUCAGGGAUGCUCCGAAGGAAUGAAGGCAUGUUCUGAGCUAGUACAAAGACGUUCCCGGGCUGAGAGUGUACGUGGGAAUGUGCAGAUGCUCAGGGAUGCUCUCGUGGGAUGCAGAGACGCUUGGGCGGAUUUAGGGAUGCCCUGGGAGUUUCGGGGCUGCUCGGGGGUGUACGAGGGGGUGCUGGCAGCCGGGGCGGGAGGCGGGAGCGGGCGGGGCGGGGAGGGGCAGCAGCCCCGCGGCGGCGUUGCUGCGGGAGCGCUGCGGGCCAUGGAGAGCGGCGGGGCGCUGAACGGCUCCGCCGCCGCCGGCAGCUUCACGGCCGCGGGCACGGCGGCGCUGGGCGCGCUGAUGGCCCUGCUCAGCGUCCUCAUCGUGGCGGGCAACGCGCUGGUGAUGUGGGCAUUCGUGGCGGACUCCAGCCUGCGCACCCACAACAAUUUCUUCCUCCUCAACCUGGCCAUCUCGGAUUUCCUCGUAGGUGCCUGCUGCAUCCCCCUGUACGUGCCCUAUGGGCUGACUAAGAAAUGGAUCUUCGGGAGAAGCCUCUGCAAACUCUGGCUGGUGCUCGAUUACUUGUCGUGCUCUUCUUCGGUCUUCAACAUCGUACUAAUUAGCUACGACAGAUUCCUCUCGGUGACAAGAGCGGUCGCCUACAGAGCCCAGCAAGGCAAGACCAGGCAAGCAGUGCUGAAGAUGGUGCUGGUGUGGGUGUUGGCAUUCCUGCUGUACGGACCUGCCAUUAUCAGCUGGGAGUACAUAGCAGGCAAGACCAUGGUCCCCAACGACGAAUGCUACGCUGAGUUCUUCAACAACUCCUAUUUCAUCUUUACAGCCUCCAUUCUGGAGUUUUUCACCCCUUUUAUCAGCGUGAUGUUUUUCAACCUAAGCAUUUACCUGAACAUACAGAAGCGCACCAAAAUGCGCCUGGAUGUUUUGCAUGAAGUGCACGACCAGUCCUUCACUGAAGAGGUGGAAAGGAGCCCAGAAACAAAGCCUUCUUUGAAAUGCUGUAAGUGGGAGCAGAAGGAGUCAGCUGAAAUCCUCGACCUCUCUAAGUGCAAAGCUCAAGCAGCAGCCUCCUCUUCCAGCCUGGAUGCCAAGGACCUGCUGGCAACAAGCUCAGAGAGCUCCAGGAAACCCAAGUGCUGCAACAGAAAAAAUUGUAAAAAUUCAGCUUCCACUGUGUCCUCAGAGAAACAGGUGAAGAUCGUGUCCCAGAGCACUACUCAACACUUCAGGCUCUCUAGAGACAAGAAAGUGGCCAAAUCACUGGCAGUCAUUGUGAGCAUUUUUGGGAUCUGCUGGGCACCGUACACUCUGCUGAUGAUGAUCCGUGCCAGCUGCAAAUCCAGGGAGUGCAUCUCGGAGUCCUGGUAUGAGAUUUCUUUUUGGCUGCUGUGGAUGAACUCAGCUAUCAACCCUGUCCUAUACCCUCUCUGCCACUCCAGCUUCAAAAGGGCUUUUAUUAAAAUCCUUUGUCCCAAGAAGCUGAAGAUUCAGCCCCAAGAUGCCUUUCAGAGCGACUGAAAGUGAAGCCAGCCCAAUGUGAGGGUGAGAAAAGCUUUGGUUUACUUCUCCUGUACUGGUGUGGGACUGGAGCUUGUUUCAUCUGAAGAACCCCGGAGCAGUGGUGUGGGGCAGGUGAGGAAGGCAGAAGAGUGCUCAAUAUUAACCUUUUUUAGUUCAUCAACAACAAAAUCCCACCGCAAAGAUAAAGAGGUUUAUUGACAUUAAGAACAGGUAGUGAAAUCUGUCCACCACUUGCAGGUGCCACAAAAGAGCUCUGCUGCCACCUAGUCAGCCUGAGCAGCAUCAGCAUUUUUCUCCAAUAAAAUGAAAACAAAACAAAAAAAGCUAAUAAAAGUAAAUAUCAGGCUUAAACUAUUGCACUAAACUACAGCUUAGCUGUUGCAAGACCUGAUCUUUCUCAUAAAUGGGAGUGUUUUUUCCUCACACCUAUUACACAUAGAUGAUGAUACAGAAAGAAAAGAACAAACCUCAGAAGGAAGACAUCUCAUUUAUCAUUUUUGCUCCAGCAGCUGCAGCCAUAAUCUGGAUUCCUGUUUCAUGGGGUGCAAUACAUGUCCCUUCCACACCCCAAAAAGGGACAGAUCUCUUCCCUAAGAGAGGACAGAACUCUGCCCUGAGGAGUUUACAGGCUCUGAGGCGCUGAGCAUCUUGAGGCAUGCUGUUGGCAUUGCCUGAUCCCUCCCUGCUUCAAAACUGCUCUGAUUUCCUCUGGGUGCUGCCACACACUGCCCGGGGUUCCCACGGGAGUGUUUCCCUCCUGCCCAGAGCCCCGCAGCAGGAACGAGCCCUGGAGGCUCCUAGGAAAGGGUUCCUGUGCCUGUGUGAAAGGUGCCAGCACAGCACCAGCCCCUCCUCAGGCUCCAUCCUGGCAACGCAAAGAUAUUUUCAAAUCUCUUCUGCAGGAUCUUAAAAACGCUCUGCUGGCACUGUGUUGGGGAAUGACAAGCUCAGAGAGAAGCAAGUCUUGUGGUGUCAUUUUUUAUGUUCCUUUUUUCUAAUGUUCCUUUCAGACCUCUUAAAUAUUUCAAGUUUCAGAACUCUUGCAUUCUUUCUUUUAAAAUACCUCACUUCAUUGGAGACCUGGGUUGAGCUGAUUCAGUCAACACAAGCAUCAAUUCUUUUAUUGUUUCAUUUUAUUUUUUUUAGUGCUGUUAUCUAAUUACACAGAUAAGAGUCCAGAUUCAGGAGACCAGGGCUCUAGCCUUGCUCUUACCAUAAAAUCCCGGGCAUUUUAUCUCUGCUUCCCAUCUCAUGCUUCAUCGCAGUUGUCCAUUUGUUCUGCAACCUUUUUGGGCACAGAGGCAGUAUGACCAAAAAGCAGAUUAAUUCCACUGCUGGCACUGCUCAGUGAUGUAGUAAAACAAAUAAGUAAUUAGUUGCCAUGGCAAGUGCUCGUAUUUAACAGUACUGCACAGGGAAUGUGCAAUAAGUCCGAAAACUGCAUUUACAAAUGAAAACCUAAAUGUUGUAAAGUAGUACCCAAAAGCUCAUGAUGUUGUGAUUGCCAAUUACAUUUUGCUGUUGCAAGCAAACUGCUUUUUGGCUGCUGCUAUGAGUAAAAGAAAAUGUAUCUCAGUGAUAUUUGUCAAAUAGAUCAGUGUUGUCUUGUGAAGCCAAGUAUUAAAUGAUGUCUUGUCUUGUGUAUGUGAUAUUUCAGACUUGUGACAUGUUCUGUCAGUCUGUUAUAUAUGGGUUAAAAUACAGCCCUGGAAUUAUGUGUGCUAUGAACUGACAGGAUAAAAGUUGAGCCUGCUCAUACCUUUCCCUGUGUCUGCUCCCUUCUGAAAACUUCAAUAAAGUUUUUUAU